GUGGGAUGGGGGGGGUGAGGCAGCCCUGCUGCCCCCCUCCAACCCUCCUGACCCCCCCCCCCGCUGCCCCCCGGCCCCCCAGGCCUGUCGUGCCCCAGCUGGCCCCCCCCAAGAUCCCCGAGGGGGAGCGGGUUGACUUCGAUGACAUCCACCGCAAGCGCAUGGAGAAGGACCUGCUGGAGCUGCAGACCCUCAUCGACGCCCACUUCGAGCAGCGGCGCCGCGAGGAGCAGGAGCUGGUGGCCCUGAUGGAGCGGAUUGAGCGCCGUCGGACCGAGCGCAACGAGCAGCUGCGGAGCCGGACGGAGAAGGAGCGGGAGCGGCAGGCGCGGCUGGCGGAGGAGAGGCUGCGCAAGGAGGAGGAGGAGGCCAAGAAGCGAGCGGAGGAUGACGCCAAGAAGAAGAAAGUGCUGUCCACCAUGCCCCACUUCGGGGGGUACCUGGCCAAGGCGGAGCAGAAGCGGGGCAAGCGCCAGACGGGCCGGGAGAUGAAGCUGCGGAUCCUGGCCGAGCGCAAGCGGCCCCUCAACAUCGAGCACAUGCGGGAGGACGAGCUCAGGGUCAAGGCCAAGGAGCUCCACGACUGGAUCCACCAGCUCGAGUCCGAGAAGUUCGACCUGAUGGAGAAGCUGCGGCGGCAGAAAUACGAGAUCAACGUCCUGUACAACCGCAUCAGCCACGCUCAGAAAUUCAAGAAGGUGGUCGGGAAGGGCCGCGUCGGCGGCCGUUGGAAGUGACCCCGCCCCCAAUAAACGUCACGUCCGG